AUGAGGUCACCACUUCUCCUGCUGUGUCUGUCGGGGAUAUGCCUGUGGAUGGUGGCUCUCUCCCUCAAAAUCUGUGCCUUCAAUGUCCGAAGCUUUGGAGAGGCCAAAGCUAGAAAUAAAAGAGUCAUGGAAAUAUUGAUAAAGAUCAUUGCUCGGUGUGACCUCUGCUUGAUUCAAGAGGUCAGAGAUUCCAAAGGUGAAGCCAUCCCAACACUGGUGAGGGAAUUAAACAGGUUUGAUAAAUCAAAUUCCUAUGCCCAUAUAGAAAGCAAGAGGUUGGGGAGGAACAGCUACAAAGAGCAGUACGUCUACAUAUACAGAACUGACAUGCUUCGGGUUCAAGAGCAGUUCCAGUACCCAAAGCCUAAUACUGGCAUGGCCAAUGAGACAGAUGUCUUCUCCCGUGAACCUUUCAUUGUACGCUUCUACUCCCCCAGCACCCUGGUGAAGGAUUUUGUCCUGGUGGGCCAGCACACCUGUCCCAAAAAUGCCAUGAAGGAGAUGGAUGAGCUAUACAGUGUUUUCCAGGCAAUCUGCAAGAAGUGGAAAACUGAGAAUGUGAUGUUUCUUGGGGACCUGAAUGCUGCCUGCAGUUAUGUCACAAUAAAAGGCUGGGGAAUGGUACGACUAAGGAGUGACCCAAAAUUCCGCUGGCUGAUUGGAGAUGAGGAGGACACCACUGUCCGUGAGAAAACACACUGCGCCUAUGAUAGAAUUGUGGUCCAUGGGAAGGCAUUCAUGUCUGGGAUCGUCCCAAACUCAGCUCAGCCCUUCAACUUCAAAAAAGAGUUUGAACUCACUGAGGAAGAGGCUCUAAAAGUCAGUGACCACUACCCAGUGGAAGUGGACCUGAAACCCAGCCACCGCUACCUCCUGCGCAAUGAACUGUGAUCUCAGCAUGACUGUCAAAAUGCUAUUCCCUAGCAUGGGUCACCCAUUUCAAGCAUUUCAGAUUUUACGUAUCAUU